CGGCCACCGUUCUUUGCAUGCGGGCAUCGAUGGUCAACGCUUUGGCCAAUCAAAAGUACCUGGUGUCCACCUUGGUCCUCACCAUGGAAAUGAUUAAAGUCUCUCUGAUUGCGGCCCUGAUUGUCGUCACCGAAGCCCAUUUCUCCGUCAGAGAAGCGGCCAAGCUGCUGUACAAGGAGAUUCUGUGUCGGCCGCUGGACGCCUUGCCUUUGGCCGUGCCCAGUUUCCUCUACGUCGUCCAGGACAAUUUGAUCGUUUUCGCCCUGUCGUGCGUCGACGCCACCACCUACCAAGUAACGUAUCAGGCCAGAAUAUUGACGACGGCCUUAUUCGCCAGGAUUCUGCUCAAUCAAGUCCUGCCAAUCAAGAGAUGGCUUUCCCUGUUGCUGCUCAUGUCGGGAGUGAUUUUGACUCAGGUUAAUUUCAAUGGGGAAAUGGGUGAUUUGAGUUGGCGAGCUCAAAGAGAAGACGCGACUUAUUUGCUGGGCCUUUUGGCCAUCGGAUGCGCCACAAUGACCAGCGGAUUCGCCGGAGUCUACAACGAGAAGAUCAUCAAGAACGGGCAGCAACCACUGCUGCUGAUCAGAAGUUUCCAGCUCAGUUUGUUUUGCGUUUUCUUCGCCUUUAUGGGCGUCGUGAUAAAGGACGGCGUCGUCAUCCUGCGCCAAGGCUAUUUUCACGGCUACACUCCCUUUGUGUGGCUCAUAGCCACCAUGCAGGCUAUUGGCGGAAUUAUCGUGGCCGGAACGAUGAAGUACGCCGACAACAUUUUGAAAACGUUCGCCACCGCCCAUUCGAUCGCCCUGUCCUGCGUCCUCUCCUAUUAUUUCCUACUGGACAACGGCGACACUUUCACGCCAACUUUCUUCUUCGGCACUUUGGUCAUCAUCUUCGCCACUUUUAUCUAUUCGUCCGUCAAGACCGUCCCUCAUCAUCACCCAAUUGCGGCCCCGCUUCCGUCGAAGAAUCGCCGACUCUUUCCGUACUCAACCAAAGUGCAACUGAGUGUCGUCUGCGCCGGAUUCGUGAUCUUAUUGAUUGCCGUUUUUCUGAUCCGUCAAAAUAACACAGUCGUCAUCGAUGCAACUCAAUUGGGACCAUCGGGAAACCUCCAGCAGGAUCGGGCAGCUCGCCAUCACGGCAGUAAUCGCAGUUACAACUUGAUGGAGGAAACGGAGUUGGCUGAUGGAUGGACUCGAAUCUUCAACAACCAAGAAUGUACAAUAGAUUAUUUAAAUGCCAACAAAUUAGCGCAAGAUCAUCCGUGCGUCAUUGAAACUAUUCGGCGGCAUUAUUUGAACCAACCUCCGUCGCCGCAGGUUCCGCUCAAGUUGGACUCGGACGACAUCAAGGAUCGAUCGCCUGGCCAGACUGGCGUCAUUAUGAAGCUCCUGAAAAACCAGACGGAGGGAUUCUUUGCCGAUUGCGGCGCUCACGACGGCGAGUUCCUGUCCAACACACUCGACCUGGAACGCAAAUUCAACUGGAGCGGCAUUUUGAUCGAAGCCAACCCGGUAACGUUUCAAAAACUCUUGUCCCGCAACCGGAAAUCGUGGGCCCUACCGAUCUGUCUCAGUUUGGAAAUGUUUCCUACCAAAGUGAGUUUCCAGCCCAAGAGUGUCGAUUCUGGCCACAGUCACAUUGAAGGUGCGGCCAAAACUCUGCAGAAGCCUGGAAUCCCAGGCGUCGAUCCUGCCAUGAUAACCGUCCAGUGUUUCCCGUUCUAUUCGGUUCUACUGGCCGUUGGGCGAACUCAAAUCGAUUUCUUCAGUCUCGACGUCGAAGGACACGAACUGAAAAUCCUCAAAACAAUUCCCUGGCACAAAGUUGACAUUAAGUCAUUGACAGUGGAAUGGGAUAACAUCCCCGAGGGCCAGGAGGCCCUGACCAGUUUCAUGGAGGAAAGUGGCUACAUCAAGAUGGGCGCAUUUGAUUUCAAAUGGACCAGAGACGUCAUCUUCAUCCAAGAUCUAAUCAAUGUCCAAUUGAAAUAAGCCUUUCAAAAGUAGCCUAAUAUUAUUCGGUUAUAUUAUAAUAGCAUGUAACAAUUUGCUGUUUCCCGAUUGUUGGAAAAUAAUAAACCAACCGUGUCCUAUUCGGUGUUACGAUAAUACCAUUUAAUUGAAGUGAAGCACUGCAGAGUCUGCAGACGACCUAAAUGAAAAUUCAAAAGGUUGCAGACGACACGACUCACGAAUCACGCAGUGGCAACGCGGGAUUAUGCGUCACUAAAA